AUGCAGACGAACAAACUGUCCAGCAAUACUCUUGUUGGAUACUGUGAGGUGGAUCUACUUGAAUUUCUGACCAAGGAUUCUGAUUCUGGCAUCGAGGUAUUGAACCUUUUAGAUCCAUCAGCACCUGGAAAAGUGGUUGGCAACAUUUCCAUUUCAUGCUCCGUAGAGGAUCCAAUUGAGACGGAGAAAGGCUUUGUCAGACGCAUUCUAUCUAUAGUGGACUACAAUGAAGAUGGGACGCUUUCACUUUCUGAAUUUUCUGACCUAAUUGAUGCUUUUGGCAAUCAAAUUGCAAAUAGCAAGAUUCAAUGCUCCUUGGCUAUAAAUAGGAAUGAUCCCAACAUGCAAAACUCACCAUUGCACCUGACAACGAUAACUAUAUCCAACAAUGUCGACCACCCCUCUUGCUCUCUGCCUUUGCUUUGCAUUCCUCUUCUACGGUAUGUAUCUUAUUUUCAACUUCAUUUCGUUUCCUUCUUUGCGUAUUAUCAUGUUACAUUCACAAACAAGUGCACAUACACAGUAUGGCCAGGAACCCUAACCGGAGACCAAAAGACGCAGUUAUCAUCAACGGGUUUCGAAUUGGCUCCAGGAGCCUCCAACUCUUUAGACCUUCCAUCUCCAUGGUCGGGCCGCUUCUGGGCCCGAACCGGAUGCUCCAACAACAACGGCAAGUUCACUUGCGCCACCGCUGAUUGCGCCUCCGGUCAAGUCGCGUGCAACGGCGCAGGUGCGGUGCCACCCGCAACUCUGGUAGAAAUAACGGUUGCAGAAAACGGAGGACAGGAUUACUACGACGUGAGCAACGUGGACGGGUUCAACAUCCCCAUGUCCGUAACCCCACAAGGUGGAAGUGGCGACUGCAAAACCUCGAGUUGCCCUAAGAACAUAAACGAUGUGUGCCCUGCAGAACUUCAAAUGAAAGGGUCUGAUGGUAGCGUGAUUGCUUGCAAGAGUGCGUGUUUGGCUUUCGGAGAUGAUAAGUAUUGUUGCAAAGGUGCAUACGGCACUGCAGAGACAUGUCCACCAACGAACUACUCUCAGAUUUUCGAGGAGCAGUGUCCUGAUGCUUAUUCCUACGCUUACGAUGACAAGAACAGCACCUUCACUUGUUCCAACAGGCCUGACUAUGCCAUCACGUUCUGUCCUAAUAACUAA